CGUGGUUCGAACGAAUCUCUAUGAUGGUGAUUUUGCUGAAUUGUAUUACUUUGGGCAUGUACCAGCCUUGCGUGGAUAAGGACCCGUGUAUUACCAACAGAUGCAGAAUUUUACAGAUUAUUUUCCAGAGAUUCGACGAGUUCAUAUUCGCCUUUUUCUCGUUGGAAAUGACGAUAAAAAUAAUCGCUAUGGGUGCCUAUGGGCCAGGUUCGUACCUGGCCGACUCCUGGAAUCGGCUGGAUCUUUUCAUCGUCAUUGCGGGUGCUGUAGAAUACGGCCUGCCGAAUUUCAACAACAUCAAUCUGUCGGCUGUUAGAACCAUACGGGUGCUUAGACCGUUACGAGCCAUCAAUCGAAUACCAAGUAUGAGAAUCCUAGUGAUGUUACUACUAGAUACAUUACCGAUGUUAGGCAACGUCCUACUGCUGUGCUUUUUUGUUUUUUUCAUAUUCGGCAUCGUCGGCGUGCAACUUUGGCAAGGCGUAUUACGACAACGUUGCAUGUUUAUAUCGGCCCUUUAUCCUUACGUACCCUGGCCCAAUAUAUCACGUUCAUACAAACCGCCGGACACCGAUUACAUUUGCAGCAAAAGCAAUUUUUCCGGAAUGCAUUCGUGUUUAAACCUGCCGCCGUUCGUAAACGGCAGCGUCACCUGCCAACUGACGUGGGAACAAAAACAGAUGCCCGAGUUCUACUACGACGACGCCUACUGCGUCAACUGGCACCUGUACUACACCACUUGCUCGGACAACAAUCCGAAUCCGUUCCAGAACACGAUUUCGUUCGACAAUAUCGGAUUGGCUUGGAUUGCGAUUUUUUUGGUAAUAUCACUAGAAGGCUGGACCGAAAUCAUGUACUACGUCCAAGACGGCCACAGUUUCUGGGACUGGAUCUAUUUCGUCCUACUAAUCGUGAUCGGUUCCUUUUUCAUGAUCAACCUAUGCCUGGUCGUCAUAGCUACUCAAUUUUCCGAAACGAAAAAACGCGAAAUGGAACGGAUGCGUCUGGAACGGGCCCGGUUCCAGAGCAGUAGCACUCUGGCGUCAUCGACCAACAACAGCGAACCGACCACUUGUUACGCGGAAAUUGUCAAGUACAUCGCCCAUCUGUGGCGCAGGUCGAAGCGGCGCGUUCUGAAGCGGAUCAGACUUUACCGGGUUCAGAGAGAUCUGAGACGCGAACAGAAAAUUACCAUGGGAGAGACGAUAAGACUUAAUUAUACUAAGCGGCAUCAUCCGAAUUGUCCGAAAUUGAAGCCGACACAAUCUCAAAGCCUUCCAAGUACGAGAGCGGUGUCAAGAGCCAGUUCGAUUUGUCUGAGCGAUCCUGGAUAUCUUAGGGCCGAAGACGUGCAAGAUUUGACUCCUCGUUCCCGGCCUGGAUUGUUGCGCGUUCCGGCUAUUUCCAAUCAGGAAAUAUCGUCCAAUAAUAAUGACAGUCCAACAAAUCUACUGUCGCCGACGUCGUUGCAAAACAACCGACGCCGGUCUUCCGUUAUGUUCAGCGACAUCAUCGUUUUGCACGGCCAAAACGACGUGUCCCCGACGACGUCCGCCUCUAAUCUGUUAUCGGCCACCGCAACGGCGAACAUUGAUAAGAAAAAUGUGUGCUCGAGCGAAAAAACGACACAAGCAGGUGACGGUAACAUUUGGCAAAUAACCGGUCCGCAACAACAAAUGUUCGAAACCAAACAGCAAUUAGCUCAGGAGUGUAGCGAUUUAAUGAACGGUGAAGCUCUGACGUGUCAGGAAUUGUUAGCUCUAGGAGCUAUUAAUGCAGCUUUGCCCACAGGCCAAGUAGUUUUGGAUUCGUUUUUCGAUUCUUUGUCGAAAGGAAUGAACAGGCAAAAACAUAACGAAGAGUAUUACACUAAUGAAGAGGAUUUCAGCUGUUGCAACGAUAUGUGGCACUGUGAAGCAGAAUACAAAAACGAAACCCGUUCAAAGUUGUAUGUUUGUUCUUGUAUGUUCAUUAAAGGGAUGAUUAAAGGUUUGAAAACUAUAAGGAAAUAUAUUCAAAUACUUGUUGAACACAAAAUCUUCCAACACGGUAUCCUAUUAGCCAUCUUAAUAAAUACCUUAUCGAUGGGUAUAGAGCACCAUCAACAAUCCGAAUGGCUCACUCAUUGCGUUGAAGUAACUAACGUGAUCUUUUCGGCAGUUUUCGGUGUCGAAAUGAUAUUGAAAGUUAUAGCCGAAGGCCCAUUCGGUUACAUUUCGAAUGGCUUUAACGUCUUCGAUGGAGUUAUUGUUAUUUUAAGGUUCGUUUUUUGGUUAUAUUCUGAGUAA